AUGGCCUCAAUAGCAUGGCCAUCGCCACCACCAACACCACCACCACAUCUUCCCAAUCCACGACCGCGUGCCCUAACUCUACCGCUUAUUCAAAUUGCUGACAUUCCCCAGCACACAGCGGCCCAGUCUUCUUCUCUCCUUCUCCAGCGCCUGCCCCUUGAGCUCCGGCAGGAGAUAUGGAGGCUCGUCUUGGGUGGGUCUACGAUUUACUUUUGCCAUGCGGAUGGUUCAAAGUUCUCCGGUCAUGUGUGUGAUGGUCCUGGGCAUGCGUGCUUUUUUGGCGGCAGCGUGAGGACUAGUGGUGCCAAUCGGGCAAAACGGCUUCCACUACUGCUAACCUGCCGGCAAAUUUAUACGGAGGGUAUAGAUCUGCUUUAUGCCAACACUACUUUCAACAUUGACGAAGGACCGUUUUUCCAAGACACGCUCGCAGAACUCCCGCAGCUGCUUCUCCCGCAGCGUCUUGCUUGCAUUCGCUCGCUGAAUCUCAGACGGUCCAUCCAGACCGUUCGCCAUGACGUGACCAAAACUGUCGGUUUUCCAACAUCACGCUGGGAAACUCUCUGGGAAAUUAUCGCAAGCAUGCGCCAACUUCAGCACUUGUCUGUAGACUUUUUCGAAGAUGAUUUCCUCCACGGCUGGGGAGACACGGCAAUUCUGGAAAGUGAACACGCCCCCCUAGAAGAGCUUAUUAUUGCGCCUAUAGAGGAAAUGCCUGUGCUAUUGAAGUCAUUCUACCUGUCGGUACCAUGGCCGGUUACUCGAGAAGUGGAGAUAGCGGGAAAGAGGUGGAGGAUUCAAACUUCGAACAGAGAUUGGGCAGGUUUUUGA